AUGUCUAUUAAUCCAAAUUCUCUAAAAACUAAGAAGAAGCCAGAAUUAAUAAAACUCGCUGAAGAGCUUGGUUUAAAUUCGACUGUAAAAAAUGAUGAAAUUUCUACGGAUAUUGAUCCAAUAGGUACUUCGUCAAGUCGUCCAGAUCCUAAAGAUAGCAGCAGCAAACCGCCCACUGAAAGACAAGUUAUUUCUUCUUCUCCAAAUGGUGAAAGAGAACCAGAUGAGUCUGAAACUUCUGAUAGUGAUAGUAGGCAGGAAAUUACUAUCAAUGCUAGAUCUCAAGACACAUCAAGCUCUGAAGAAUCUAAUUUAGAGUAUAACACAUCGCGUAGUGUACCAAUAGUAAGGGUUCCGGAGGUUCAAGUUAUAAAUGAAUUUCUACUUCGGCUUAGAAAUAACGUUUCAAAUUCGCGGACAUUUGUGCAAUGCGUUAUACUAUGUGAACUUGUGGUUUUUUUAUAUUGUGCGAUCGAAUGGAAUUUUAAAAUUGCCACAGUUCCUAUUCCAUCUUUCUUUAACAAAGACUCCUCGAGAGAUGUAUAUGAUAUUAGUAUUCCUAAUUUCCUCUUUAUUAUUGAAUGGCAUCGUUUUUGGCGUCCUUUGAUUUCUCCACUUGCUUUUUCUGUUGCACAAUAUGGAAUAUUUUUUACCACUGCUGGCCACUUCGAUUGGGCCGAGGACGUGCGCGAUUUUAUUCCUGACAACCUUAUUUACACUGGUGUCGGAUCUGCUGUGAUUUUUUCUCUUUAUGAGA